CACAACUUCCCCAACCUAGACCUUUAGCCUCACGAUGCCAUGAUUCGAAGCUCCUCUUCCCGAUCGCGAUCGCGACCCGUAGCCGCCCGAUCCUCCUCUUUCGCCCCCUCCCUCAGGCGCCGCAAUACCUCUGUUUCCAUCACAUCCGACCCCGAAGCAGAGCGCGCCGCCGAGGCCGCAACCACACAGCAACAUGCGCUCCAAGAAGAGAUCGCAGAGAUAAAACGAUACGAAGACUUCACAACGAUAGAUUGGGUACAAGACGCCGCCCGGGAACAACUCCGCCGCCGAGCCCGACGCAAAGAAAGGGCGGGAUACUGGAAACGCAAUAGCCAUGCGCGGUGGUCGAGAGGCGGAUGGAGGAGAAGGAUAGCGGAGGCGUACGAUGCCGGCCAGGCUUGGAUCGUAGUCACACUUGUUGGAGCAGCGAUUGGACUGAAUGCGGCGUUCCUGAAUAUCAUCACAGAAUGGUUGAGCGACAUCAAGCUCGGGCACUGCGAGACGGCAUUUUAUUUGAAUGAGAGCUUUUGUUGUUGGGGUGCUGACGAUGGUUGUCCGGAGUGGAAAAGAUGGAGUGGCUUCGAGCCGUUGAAUUACCUAUUCUACAUCCUGUUCGCUGCCUUAUUCUCAUUGACCGCAGCUACGCUGGUCAAAUCGUUCGCACCGUACGCCGCCGGAUCCGGAAUAUCGGAAAUCAAGUGUAUUAUCGCGGGUUUUGUCAUGAAGGGUUUCUUGGGAGCUUGGACGCUGGCAAUUAAAUCGAUUGGAUUGCCGCUUGCCAUCGCCUCCGGACUUUCGGUCGGAAAGGAGGGACCUAGUGUGCAUUAUGCUGUGUGCACUGGUAAUGUCAUCUCGCGCUUCUUCGACAAGUACCGUAGAAACGCUGCAAAGACGAGGGAGAUCCUCAGUGCGAGUGCAGCAGCAGGUGUGGGAGUUGCAUUCGGCAGCCCUAUCGGCGGUGUGCUAUUCUCCCUCGAGGAGAUGUCCAACCACUUUCCACUGAAGACUAUGUGGCGAAGCUACUUCUGCGCUCUCGUUGCGACCGCAGUUUUAGCAGCGAUGAACCCUUUUAGGACUGGUCAAUUGGUCAUGUUCGAGGUCAAGUAUGACCGCGACUGGCAUUUCUUCGAGACACUAUUCUACAUCAUCAUCGGCAUUUUCGGGGGCCUCUAUGGCGCUUUCGUCAUCAAGUGGAACUUGCGCGUUCAGUCGUUCCGUAAGAAGUACCUGGCGCAAUACCCAAUCAUCGAAUCUGUCACUUUAGCCGUUGUAACGGCCAUCAUCUGCUAUCCGAACAUGUUCCUCAGAAUCGACAUGACCGAGAGUAUGGAGGUUCUUUUCGCUGAGUGUGAGGGCGGAAAUAGUUAUGACGCGCUCUGCGAGCCCAAGAACCGAUGGCACGUGAUUCUAUCAUUGCUCAUCGCGACAAUCCUCAGGACUUUCUUGGUUAUCAUUUCAUACGGAUGCAAAGUACCUGCUGGUAUUUUCGUGCCGUCCAUGGCCAUUGGAGCUUUGUUCGGGAGAAUGCUUGGUAUCUUUGUACAGUCUCUCCAAGAGUCUUUUCCAGGAGCAGCACUAUUCGCAUCUUGCGGGCCUGAUGGGCCAUGCAUUACACCCGGAACCUAUGCUUUCCUUGGGGCGGCUGCUGCGCUCUCAGGCAUCAUGCACAUCUCAGUGUCGGUUGUGGUCAUCAUGUUCGAGAUCACUGGGGCUCUGACCUACAUCUUGCCGACUAUGAUUGUGGUUGGCGUCACUAAAGUCGUCAGCGAACGCUUUGGUCAUGGAGGCAUCGCAGAUAGGGCUAUCUGGUUCAACGGCUUUCCCUUCCUCGACAACAAGGAAGAACACACGUUUGGCGUUCCAGUAUCUCAGGUGAUGGUCUCGCGCGUCGUAUCGCUCCCAGCCACAGGCAUAGACCUUCGUUCUCUUGAACGUCUCAUGAGCGAUAAUCAGUACCAAGGCUACCCCAUCGUAGACGAUGCCGCCUCCAAAAUCCUUGUCGGCUACAUCGGCCGAACCGAACUGCAGUACGCCCUUGAACGAGCAAAGAGAGAUCAGAUGGCUCCGGCCCACGCAAAAUGCACUUUCACAUCAACCGGUCUAGCCCAAGAGACCCCUUCAUCCCAAGCCCCUUCAGUAACUUUCGACACGAUGUCAGCCACCUCCCACCAAGUCCAGAUCGACCUCUCCAAAUUCAUCGACCCGACACCUCUCGCCGUUCACCCCCGCCUGCCGCUAGAAACCGUGAUGGAGCUCUUCAAGAAGAUGGGCCCACGCGUCAUCCUCAUAGAAUAUCGCGGUCGUCUCACCGGUCUAGUAACUGUGAAGGACUGCCUAAAGUACCAGUUCAAAGUUGAGGCGAACGACAAUCCCCACCAGACAAAUGCCAUCAAUUCGCAACAGGAGAAGAUCUGGACCAUCAUGCACAAGACUGCCUUGUGGAUUGAUGGAAAGUUGAACAUCUUGCGGAGGAAGAUUGGCAUAGGUAGGGGGGACAUCAUGUUACAAAGUCCGACGAGCGUGCAGAGUGGUGACAGGGAGCGAGAUAGAUUACGGGAUGAUGAUGAUGCCGCAGAGGUGGAAUUGCAGGAUCGAGGGAGGAAUGACUAAACAUCUGACGGAACUGGCAUAAUGUAAUAGAUCUAUUAUUCUUUCAUUCUACAGAUGAUCUACCAUCCAGAUGCCCUGAUCCACACGUCUUUGAUCUGCGAGGGAUUCUCGUUGUCGCUCGAGUCUGUGACCAAGUACCACCCAUACAUGGCACCCGUCACGCACGCGUGGUUAGGAUAUAUCCGCACCGUAUCACCCACCUCGAGAGGAAUUUUGUCGUCUGCGGGAGUACCAUCGCCAUUGCCACCAUGCCACGAAAGCACCGCGUGUUCCUGGCUGAUCCUCUCAACAAUCAAGCGUCUCUCUGAUGGUCCUUUGGCAGCAUACGAUCCACGACUAACCACACCCCAUCCCGGAUAGCCCUGGCAAGGCUCUCUGC